UAUAUCAUAUACUCGUAUGUCCUGAGAUCUGAGAACUAAUAUUUAUCAUGUAAGAAACAAGCAAGAUGACAGCAACCGAAUGAGCGAGAAAAGAAAGGAUUAGAAUCUAGCCCUUGACUACUUUUCAUAAAGUUGUUAACAUUAGGAGAGAGAAAAAAAAAAGUUCUACGUCUGAGGAGGAAAAACAAGGAGACCAAUGAUUAUCCCCCUUGUCAGCUAUAGUUUGAAUCUCUGAGGAAUUGCUAUAAAAAAAGCUGUCCAAUUAUCGACGUCGUUAUGUUAGUAGUAAGGGUUUUAUGUAUUGUUUAUAAAUCGUCUUUUGCACACAUAUCUAUAGGAAUAUAACGCUUGGAUAGUUUGGAAAGUUUUAUGCGAAUAAUAGCAGCCGUCAAGUUGAAGUAGUACUCCCUUUGGAGGUGUUGUACCAACAUUUUAGUCCACAUUGAAAGUCGCUGGGAGCUACCAUACCAUGGAAACGUGGCCGACUCAAUCACCCAACUUGUGCUAGAAGCAACAACACUCAACGUAAUGCGAGUAUUAAGAGAUUAAUUGGAUAUGAGAAGGGCCGAUUUGUGAUAAAACCUGGAAUAGCCAAAACAGAAAACGGCCUAGGCUUUUUAAGGUAAACUGAAAGAAAGCAAGGUUGUAGGAAGGGGAAGCAGUGGAGAGACGACGGGGGAAAAAAAGCUGUUGUGAAACGGGGGAGGUCACUAUAAUGAGAAGAGAUAGAGAGUGAGUGAGGGAAAGAGAGAGAGAGAGUGAGGGAGAGAGAGAGAUGCUAAUGACAGUGGAUGACACUGCACACUCAACAUGAUGCUGCUCCCAACACUGCCAAAACUUUGGGCACCGCUUCUAAAUACCAAAAAGAAAAAGAAAAGCAAUUAACGGACUUGUAGUAAUAAAAGCAACAAAUUUUGUCAAAAUCCUCGAAGAUUCAAGCCAAGAGGAGUGAUAUCUUACACAUACAUAAUUACAACAUUAAUAAUUUGAAAGAAAUUGAACAUGCUCAGUUUGUGUUUAUUGAUGAUAGAAGACGGGCUGGGUGAAAGUUAAAAAAAUGAUCGCUCGGAUAUGAGGCAAAAAGCUGGAUGAUCUGCAAGGCUCUACCAUCACCGUACUGCAUGUUGCAGAUCGGCAUUUUAUAUCAUGGAUACCUUCUUUAACUUUUACCUGCUCAACACGCUAUUUUGGAGUUGUUUUGGUUCACCACUGUUGCUGUUUGCUAAUCGCAAAGAUGUGCGUCUUGUUGAUGCAGCAGACUCACAGAAUUCUUCUGUGAUAAUCAGUGGCCUUGAAGAUGCUGCUGCAGUGGAUUUCUUCUAUGCUGAGAACUCAGUCUUUUGGACUGAUGUCAGCUUGGAAAUGAUUAAAAGAACCUAUAUAAACGGCUCCCAAACCAGCACCAAUGUGAUUACAUUUGGAUUGUUAUCGCCGGAUGGUUUAGCCCUUGAUUGGCUAGGAAAAAAGCUUUAUUGGACUGAUUCCGAAACCAAUCGGAUUGAAGUCAGUAAUUUGAAUGGAUCAUUUCGUAAAAUAUUAUUUUGGGAAAAUUUAGAUCAGCCACGGGCUAUUGCUCUGGAUCCUUUAAACGGCUAUAUGUACUGGACAGACUGGGGUGAGCGGCCUAAAAUUGAACGUGCUGGAAUGGAUGGGAAUAAAUUAAAUCGUUCUGUGAUAAUAAGUGAAGAUAUCCACUGGCCAAAUGGCUUGACUUUAGACUAUGAUGAUUCCAAAAUUUAUUGGGCUGAUGCCAAACUCAAUUUUAUUCAUAGUUGUAAUUUUGAUGGAUCUGAUCGCAGGCCAGUUGUAGAAGGUUCUUUACCUCAUCCUUUUGCAUUGACACUCUUUGAAGAAACACUUUUUUGGACAGAUUGGCACACCCGUGCCAUUUAUUCAUGUGAUAAGAGAACUGGGAACAAUAAGGAGGUGGUACACAGUGAUAUCUUCUCACCAAUGGAUAUUCAUGUCUACACUGCCAAGAGACAGCCUAGCAAAAUAAAUCCAUGCGGUCACAACAAUGGUGGAUGUUCUCACUUGUGUCUAAUGUCUCCUCAAGCACCUUUUUACUCUUGUGCAUGUCCGACGGGAAUUCGUAUUCACGAAAACGGCCAAACUUGUCCUGGCAGUCCUAAGGAAAUUCUUCUUUUGGCUCGAAGAUCAGAUUUGCGUCGAAUAUCCCUGGAUACACCUGAUUAUACUGAUGUGAUUCUUCAGCUAAAUGACAUCCAACACACCAUUGCCAUAGACUAUGACCCCGUUGAGGACUAUGUUUACUGGACUGAUGACAAUAUACAUCUCAUUCGACGAGCUCACAUGGAUGGAUCUGGUCAAGAAAUAGUAGUUAGCACUGAAGUGAAACAUCCGGACGGUGUGGCAGUUGAUUGGAUAGGGCGUAAUUUGUACUGGACUGACACGGGGACAGAUCGUAUUGAAGUUUGUCGCUUGAAUGGAACAUCGCGCAAGGUGCUUAUUUCAGAAGGAUUGGCUGAGCCGAGAGCUAUUUGUCUUGAUCCCAUUCGAGGACACAUGUAUUGGACUGAUUGGGGAACAACUCCAAAGAUAGAAAGGGCCAACAUGGAUGGCUCUGAACGAGUAGCUCUGAUUAAUUCUUCAUUAGGCUGGCCAAAUGGUGUUGCUAUUGACUACCACGAGAAGAAGCUUUAUUGGGGAGACGCUAAAACGGACAUGAUUGAAUUCUCCAACCUUGACGGAACUAACAGAGUUGUUCUUGUAUCAAAUGAUUUACCUCAUAUAUUUGGAUUCAGUUUACUAGGUGACUAUGUAUACUGGACCGAUUGGCAAAGGCGAUCCAUUGAACGUGUGCAUAAACUUACUGGUGGAAAACGUCAAGUAAUUAUCGACCAACUUCCAGAUUUGAUGGGACUAAAGGCGGUUAGCAUGCACCAAGUUGAAGGAACUAAUGGUUGUGUUGAAAACAAUGGUGGUUGUAGUCAUCUAUGUUUAAAUACAUUCCCAAAGGGCCCUGUGUGUGCAUGUCCUACUGGGAUUUUCUUUGAGCUCCUUAAUGAUGAGAAGACCUGUGUAGUUCCUGAUGGAUUCCUUCUGUUCUCUCGAAAAGAAGAUAUUCGCCGUAUUUCACUCGAAACUAACCACAAUGAUGUGUUAAUUCCCAUCCAGUCAGUUAAAGAUGCACACUCCCUGGAUUUUGAUAACAGUGAUAAUAGGAUAUAUUGGACAGAUGCUUCACUUAAACAAAUAAGUCGUGCAUUUAUGAAUGGUAGCUCUCUAGAACACAUAAUAGAAUUUGGAAUUGAAUAUCCUGAAGGAAUGGCUGUAGAUUGGAUUGCUAAAAAUCUUUAUUGGACUGACAUUGGGACAAAGCGAAUAGAGGUUGCUCGUCUUGAUGGCAAGUCACGUCGCGUGCUCAUCUGGAAGAAUCUAUCCAACCCACGCUCAAUAGUAUUGGAUCCACCUGAAGGAUACAUGUACUGGACAGAUUGGGGAGAAAAACCAAAGCUGGAGAGAGCCUCAUUAGAUGGCAAAAACCGAAAGGUUUUAGUAUUUGAUCUUGGUCGCGUUGCUGGUUUGACUAUCGACUAUGCUGACAAUAGGCUUUAUUGGACUGAUUUAGAUAAUAAACGUAUCGAAUCUUCAGAUAUGUUAGGUCAAAACAGACAAGUGAUCAUAGACAGUUAUUUACAAUAUCCACGUGGCAUCACCCAAUACAAAGAUUUUAUCUACUGGACUGAUUUAGAGAAGAACACAAUUGAACGUGCCCACAAGUUAACCGGAACCAACCGUACAACAAUCCACCAAAGCCAUGACGAUUUUGUAAUGGAUAUCCUGGUUUUUCAAGAGUCACGUCAGCCUGGUUGGAACCCAUGUGGAGGUGAUAAUGGUAACUGUUCUCAUUUGUGCUUGGCUCAUCCUGCCUUAUUUGAUCAAAUGGACCCUGAUAACAAUAUAUAUUUCACUUGUGCCUGCCCAACUCAUUAUUCAUUGGGAGAAGACAAUAAAACUUGUUCCCCGCCAGAGUCUUUUUUAUUGUUUAGUCAAAAGGGUGACCUUAGUCGUUUGGUGCCAAACUCUGAACAUCUUCCUCCAAGUGUUUUACCCAUUCAUAACCUGCGCAAUGUAAAGGCUAUUGAUUAUGACGUUUAUGAUAAAUAUGUUUACUGGAUUGAUGGCCGGUCAAAGACUAUUAAGAGAUCAAGAGAGAAUGGUACAGAGGUAUCAACAGUGGUACCGAAUCCAUCAAACUACUUCCACCCACACGAUUUGGCUAUUGAUCCAUUCUCUCAUCAUAUUUAUUGGUCAUGUUCUCAGAAUAAUGUAAUCAAUGUUACUCACAUCGAUAUGACAGACGUCGGUACUGUGGUUAGCGAUACGGAAGAGAAGCCUCGGUCACUUGUUCUGAACCCAGAACAGGGUCAUAUUUAUUGGACCAACAUGGUGAAACCUCCGAAGAUUGAAAUGGCCGCUAUGGAUGGAACAGAAAAAACAGUUCUUUUUGGAAAUGACUUGAAACACCCAACUGCUCUGACUAUUGAUUACAAAUCCCAGCGUUUAUACUGGUCCGACUUGGAAUUAAACCGCAUCGAGUGUUCUGACCUCUCCGGUGGAAACCGGAAAAUUCUCGUCGACAGUGAAAUUGAACAUCCAAAUGGAUUAGCUGUUCUUGGACAAUAUGUUUACUGGAUUGAUAAAGACCAACAGCUUAUUCAGUGGAUCAAUCAUGCUGAUACUCAUGUAAGAUAUCGUAUGCAAGGUCGUCGCAUUCAGGGAUUAACCGAUAUCCAUGCUGUUCAGAUGAUUAGUGAAGAAGACUUCCAAAAGCAUCCCUGCUAUCCUGACACUGGCAAAUGUUCUCAUAUUUGUGUAGCGAAAGGGGAUGGUACUGCACGUUGUUCUUGCCCGGUCGCCUUGGCUCUUACAAAUGACGAGCAGACUUGUUCCGACCCACCAACUUGCUCUCCUGAACAGUUUACAUGUGUUACAGGUGAUAUCAAAUGUAUCCCUGCUGCAUGGCACUGCGACGGUAUUGCCGAGUGCGUCGAUGAAUCGGAUGAAAGCAACUGUCCUGUCAUGACAAUGCGUUUUACUUGUGCUAAUGGAGACGUGAUAAAAAAGAUUUUGGUCUGCAAUGGUGAGAAAGACUGCGAAGAUGGUUCCGACGAAGAAAAAUGUUGUCCCAGUGGUCAAACGUAUUGUAAUGACGGUCCUUGCAUUAAUUCUGAGUUACGCUGCAACAAGCGAGAUGACUGUCCCGAUGGUUCUGAUGAGUGGGAUUGUCAGUUCCCCAGGCCAGCGCCAAUGCGUGAUACUAACACUGCUCAAUACACGGUCGGUUUUGUGGUGGUCUUUGUCUCACUGCUUAUAUUAGUUAUUGUGUUCGCUUGUCGCCGUAAGUCACCACCUAAUACUGCCAAUGAUCAUGAAAUAAUGAUGGUUAAUAAACCUUUAAACCCAUGCCCCAAAAAUAUCACCCCCCCACACACAAUGUUUUCUCGUGGUAAAUCUGUUGGAACUGGUUUGUCCCUGAGCUCCGGCCCUGCCCCUCUUUAUGACAGGAAUCACGUGACGGGGGCUUCAUCUAGCAGCUCUACUGUAACACAAUAUCCGAAAGGAACCCUAAAUCCACCACCGACCCCUGUCACAGACCGUUCAUUAUACACGGGAGAUUUCUGUUACUCUUCCAAUAGUCCUUCCACGGUUCGUUCAUUUCGGACAUACAAGUUCCGGCACAUUCCUCCACCACCAACAACCCCUUAUAGUACAGAUGUGUAUGAAGAAAGUGAACCCUACCCAUGUCAGAAGUACUAUUUAAAUCACUCGCUAAUUGAACUUAGUUAUGACUCUGCCCCACACCCGCCUCCACCUUCUCCACGGAGUCAUUAUUUAUCUGACGAUAUGAGUUGUCCUCCAUCACCUUCUACAGAGCGUAGUUUCAAUCCCUAUCCACCACCUCCAUCGCCUGUUGCAACUUCUGAUUAUUGAGACAAUAACAGCUGUGUUUCCCCCCACCCCCUUCUAUAAGAGAUUGUAUUUUUUGUCAUUCCUGAAGAAGCUGCUUAUUCUCAGCUCUGCCAUUGUAACUUACCAUGAUCAGAUUGCUGUUCAAUCUUCUGGGUGUUGUUAUUGCUUGCUGAUGUUAGCAUUGCAGCCCUACCUUUUAGAAUCUGUUGCAAUUUGUUGUAUUCCAAGGUUUUUGUUUUUUUUUUCAAAUUUUUUUUUUUUUUUUUUUUUUUUUUUUUUGGUAGCUUUUGCUACAGAAAUAAACCAUAGCAAUAUGUUAUGAGGAUGA